AUGAGGUGUGUGUGGGCUGCACUCUGUGGGAUUGUACUGCUAACGCAGGUUAUUAUAACCAAUUCACAAACCUCAGAUUCACCCGUUGGGGACUGUUCUCAGUUUGACUCGUGCAAUGGCUGCAUCAGCGGAGACCCGGCCCUCAACCUGACACGAUGUGUGUGGCAAAGUUGUAAUGACGGAAAUGACACAAGAUGCAUGUCUGACACUGAAGAUUUUGGGGGCUGCUCUGCCUACAAUGAGACCGGCAUGUGCCAAGAUGGUGGGUCCGCUGAUGGUGGUGGCAAAGAUACAACCCCUGAUUUCUCUCAAGCAUCAUUUGACCUGUCCAGCUUCAUUGGAGGAAUCAUCCUAGUGUUGGUGCUGCAGGCUGGGGCUUUUUUUGCCAUGCGGUUCCUCAAAACGAAAGACAGCUCUUAUGAAACUAUUGAUCAACCUCAGUGA